AACCUCCUGAAGAUUCACAACGCAAACAGGAAGCGGCGAAAGCAACCGAAUAGCAACCAUGGCGACGUCAACACUUGAUCCGGAGGCCUCCAUAUUCUCCCAGAAACACUCGCGUCUUCCGGACGACACCGUUUUAUUCGCAAUCUUCCCGGACUCCUUCGUCUCCUCUUCCGCCGCCGAUGUCUCCUCCUCUCUUCAAUCCCUUCACCUCGAAAUCCUACACACUAUCUCUUCAUACACCUCCUCCUAUAUUUGGCAGCACGAGCCUUUUUCUCUCUCACUCUCCACCUCCGCUUCUUGCGUCUGCUCCUCCUCUCACACUCCCUCACCUCCACACCUCCACGGCAAACUCCGCUUCGGUGACAACUUGGAAGACGAGUGGUUCACCGUGUUCCUACUGUUCGAGAUUUCACGCCGCUUUGAACGUGUAUCAAUCCGUGCUUGGGAUAACGAUGGUGAGUUUUUGUUAAUCGAAGCUGCUUUUUAUCUACCUCGCUGGAUUAACCCCGAAAACAGCCAGAAUCGCGUGUUUAUACGACGUGGAAACCUUCAUAUUAUCCCUCGAAAACGGUUUCCGAGCCCUAACUUGGUGGACGCGUUGAAGUUUUUGAUCAAUUGCGAGGAGGAGUCAUGCGCCGCUGAUGAGGUUCAGCAGGUGGUGAAGAAUCGAAUUGCUGAGUAUCCAGAGAGAGCGAGGAGAAAUAUGCAUCAGGUUAGAGUUAGGGUUCCAGCCUCGGUGGCGCAGGUAUUGAAGCACGAGCCCUGCUUGAUUUCGCUUGCGGUGGAGGCAUUUUAUGAUAGAGAUAUUGACACAAUGAAAUAUGCUGCUAAAAUGGAAAGGUUUUUGAGUGGAGGUAGAGAGGAAGAGCUGGUGUGUGUGGCGGUGAGGAUGUCAAGGGCUUUGUACGCACAGUUAGUUCAGCAGAAUUUUCAGGCGCCCAAGUGUUAUCCAAUGCCAAGCAGGAGCGAGGACAAGUCAGCUUAUAUGGAGGCAGAGCUGGGAAUGAAAAUUGCUUGUGGGUUGGAGAUGAUGUACCAGCAAAAGAGAAGGGAAGGAGAUGAAGGGAAGGGGAGCACUUGGCAGAAGUAUAAGGAGUUCCUAGAAAAGGGUGGAUACUUUGAGGGGUUGCUACCAGGGUCGAAAGAGUACAGGAGGUUGAUGGAGAGCGCAGAGGAGUAUUACAGGAGGAGUUCUUCAUUUUCUAGGACAAGUGAAAUGUUGAGUGCCCCAGUGAGACGCAUCGAUGAAAUUCUUGCAUUACCCUAUUCUGCUGAAGAUUUUAGGGGUCAGGAGGUUCCUCCUCCUGAUGAUGAUGCUUGGCUCUACGGUGGAGAGGAUGAGCUGAGUUCUGCUCUUCAGGAGAGACAAAAGGAGAUGGAACUUUACAAUUCAAAGUUGACAAAGAAACAGCAGUUGAAAAAUCCGCAAGAUUCUGGUCCUGAAUCCAGUUCGAACUAUGGUGAUUUUGGUCUGGAUGAAAUAGCAAAAACAAUGCAGAAAUUCGUUGACAAGGUAUCAAGCUACAAGGGAGCCGAAGUUCCAGUAGAAAGGAAUUUGGAAGAAGUGGACCUUGAUGUGGAUCGCUUUUUCGAAGACAUGGAAUUAGCUAUGAAGCCACAUGAGCAUGAAGAUUCAGACAAUGAUGUUGAUGACGAAGAAGGUUCUUUAUCUGACAUGGAUUUUGAUGAGUCAGAAGAUGGGAGUGAUAAUGAGGAUGGAGAGGAGACUUUCAUGCAUACGUAUUCUGAUGCUCUUAAUAAUCAACUGAAGAACACCACUCUUGAGAAAAGUUUUGUUCGUGCCGGUGACCAUUCCUUGCAGAAAAAUGAGGGAACAUCAACUGCUACAGAAGAUAUGGAUGAGGAGUUUAGGCCGGUCGAUGUUGAUUUGAACCUGGUGAAGUCUCUUCUUGAUUCAUUUUCUUCUCAACAAGGACAAGCUGGUCCUGCUUCCAAUUUGCUUGGGCUCAUGGGUGUACAGCUUCCUCGAGAUGACAACAAGGGCAAAUGAUUAAUGACACAAAGUUUUGUAUUUAACAUGCAACCAGGUGCAUGAUAGAGGCAGUUAACCCAUCUGUAAAAAAGCUUUCUGCAUCAUGAAGAGUAUGUAUUACUAGUCUAGCUAAUGCCCUUCAGCUAUGGCAGAAAUGUUUAUAGCAUAUUUCACAGAUUAUAAGCUAGUUUAUUUUUCACAUUUACAAACUAGUUUAUGGAUGUGCCGGAAAAUUAUAAUAA